AUGAACCCAAUCAAAUUCACGAUUUUUUGCUUUUUUAUCUCAGUGAUGGCCACCUCUCCACUCGACAAUAUCUACAAAAAUUUGGCGAGAAAACAAAAUCAAGUCCGUAUGCAACAAUUGAUGGAAUUCAUUCACAAGAAUGUUCCCGAGGGUCUUGAGGCGCCGAAUCCGAAAAUCGCUGAAUUCGAAACGUUCAAAUCGAAUAAAAUGUACAAUUUUGUCGACGAUGGACAAGGACAUUUACAAUUCAGACAAUUCAGAAGAUUGCGAUUGGGAGAUAUCCUGUCACGCCAUCAAGCCGGAAUC